AUGUUUUCAACGUCGUCACUACUGGCCGCGGGCCUGCUCUGCCUCGCCAGCUUACAGCCCGUCCUGAGCAAACCAAUCGACCCCCUCUUCGUCCUCGGCAGAGACGAGGGCAACAAGAACCUCACCGCAAAACUCAACCGCGACUUCCCGGACCCGGCGCUCGUCCAGGCCGGCGACGGGCUGUGGUACUCGUUCGCGACCAGCGGCAACGGCAAGAACAUCCAGGUCGCCAAGGCGUCCGAGAUCUCGGGCUCCUGGGAGUGGCUCGACAUCGAGCCCCUCCCGGACGGCGGCUGGACGACCGGCAAGAACACCUGGGCCCCGGACGUCAGGCGCCUCGACAACGGGUCGUACAUCAUGUACUACUCGGGCGAGGUGGUCGACGGCGGCGGGCGGCACUGCAUCGGCGUGGGCAUCUCGGAGGCCGUAACGGGCCCUUACCGCCCGACCAAGGAGCCGUGGGUGUGCCCGUUCGACCAGGGCGGCGCCAUCGACGCCGCCGGCUUCUACGACGAGUCCAGCAAGAAGCGGUACGUGCUGUACAAGGUGGACGGCAACAACGUGGGCAACGGGGGCGACUGCAACAACGGCGUGGAGCCGCUCGCGGGGACGCCCAUCAUGCUGCAGGAGGUCGAGGCCGACGGGUACAGCAAGGUCGGCGACCCGGUGCAGGUGCUGGACCGGACCAAGGCGGACGGCCCGCUGGUGGAGGCGCCGGACCUCGUGAGGACCGACGACGGGCUGUACAUCCUCUUCUUCAGCAGCUUCUGCUUCAACUCGGACAACUACAACGUCAACUACGCGACCAGCCGCGACAUCAAGGGCCCGUACGUGCGGCCGUCGAGGAUGCUCCUCAAGACGGGCGACCUCAACCUCACCGCGCCGGGAGGCGCCACGAGCGUGGCCGGCGGCGGGCAGAUGCUCUUCCACGGCAACUGUCCGCAGGGGAGGUGCCUCUACCAGACGCAGUACUCGGUGACCGGCAGAGAUGUAAUCAUCAGCUGA